AUUAAAGAGGAUUACGAAGAAACUGUUGGAAAACAAGAAGAAUCAUUUAAAGCAACAUUGCAAAAUCAAAUACUUAACGAAAUUAACAAAUUUAAGAAAAUGCCCGUCAAGAUGAUUAAAGAAAUACGAAUUUCUCCUGGCAGUAUUAUAGUGAAAAUGACAUUAGUGGAUACAGAGGAAAUGAGUGCUGAAAAAAUAAUACCCGUCAUCAGACAGAUAAUAGGUUCUGGCAAAUUAAAUUUACAUGGCCUUGACAACAAGGCACUGGAUGUACCAGUCCAGAACGUUCAAGUUGUUGAAACUUAUUCC